AAUUUGUUUUAUAUCUCAUUAAGCCUUCUCUUGAGCAUAGUUAAUUCAUACAUAGCAUAUCCUAGAAUAAUUUGUUGCAUUUCUCUCCUCUUUGUCCUUGACAAUUUGUCAUUUAACAUAAUGGAACUUAAUUUCAAGUGUCAAUUUGGUCUUGUUUGUGUCAUAUUGUUCUUACCUGCCCUGUGUACCUCUCAGGACUCUUUUAUUUGCUCGAGAGCAACCUAUUAUGGUAGCCCAGAUUGCUAUGGAAAUCCAAGGGGAGCUUGUGGCUAUGGCGAUUAUGGACAGACGGUAAACGACGGUAAUGUCGCCGGUGUGUCUUGGCUAUGGAAGAAUGGAUCUGGUUGUGGUGCAUGCUAUCAAGUUAGGUGCAAAAUACCACAAUUGUGUGAUGAGAAUGGAGCAUAUGUUAUUGUGACGGAUUAUGGUGUGGGAGAUAGAACAGACUUCAUCAUGAGUCCACGUGGCUAUUCAAAAUUGGGGAAAAAUGGUGAUGCAUCUGUUGAACUUUUCAAAUAUGGUGUGGUUGAUGUUGAAUACAAAAGGGUUCCUUGCAAAUACAAUGGCUAUAAUGUCUUGCUUAAGGUUCAUGACCGUAGCAAAAACCCUCACUACUUGGCCAUUCUUGUUCUCUAUGUUGGUGGAACAAAUGAUGUCAUUGCUGUUCAAUUGUGGCAGGAAGAUUGCCAAGAGUGGAGGACAAUGCGUAGGGCAUUUGGAACAGUGUUUGAUGCAGAGAACCCUCCAAGAGGUGAAAUCAAGUUGAGGUUCCAAGUGAGUGGUAGUGCUGGACUGUCUUGGGUAGAGUCCAAGAAUGUUAUCUCUAGUGAUUGGCAGGCUGGGGCUGUUUAUGACUCAGAAAUUCAGUUUGAUUAAAAAUACAAAAAGCACUUAUAGAUUACUAGUACUUUAUUGUUACUUGUUUGUGUUGUGGCAUUCUAAAAUUAAUGUUCCUAUUUACUAGUGGGUGGGUGGAGUGAGUGAGUGCUCUUUGUACUUAACUAAAACUGUGGGAUUUAUGUGCUUUUCAUAUGACUCAUCACAAACUAUAUACAUAAAUCAAUAAAUAAAAGGUGCCUUUUCUCCUUU